UUAAAAAGACGGCUUCUUUGGUCUGCCAGGCAUAAUCCAGGGUUCAAAUCACUCCAAAUACUGAUUAGUUGGAACAGUUCGGUUUGUUGCAGCUGGUUGACUUAUUUACUUCCGAUGUUUUGGUCAAUAUUCAUCCUGUCUACGAAACAAGACACAGUUGUAAAUGAGUGAGAAGCUUCGUUUGCUUCCAGCAAUGUCAAGUUGUCCAACUGUUCACUUAACUCUACCACAGUGGGACGGGGGUUCACGAAAAAUCCGCUUUGUUUACUUGGUGAAUGUGACAUCGUUCAGGCUGACAGAGUGUCCCAACAAGCAUCCAGUGAUUCCUCUGUAUUUGGGAGCUGAUCUUCUGUCCAACACAAACAUCCGUACAGAGAACCAUCCCCGAUACCAUGCCAAGUUUGCCAAGAAAGGACUUGCCACAAAAAUACAUUUUUCUUCAGGAUUCCGGUUCAAUGGGUUGAAGGUGCCCGCUGCAAAUAAUAGCUUGUGGUUCUACAGCAUUCAAGGACUUUUUCGAGUUGCCUUUGAAAUGUACAGUAAGCAAGAACAGCUUGCAGUGCUGGAGAAUUUCCAGGAUGUUUGGAAAUCACAGUUAAAUGACAGCCAUCUGAACAUAAGUUACAGCCUCAGUGUGCAGCUUGACGUUUCAGUGCCCCUUGGCCAGCGUGACACAGGAUCAAAGAAUGAAAUGUCACAGCCCUUUUAUUGCCAGGCUGAGAGAGAAAUGGUGGAUGUAUGUGGCAGUGACGCAGCCAAAUCAUCAGCAGAUCAUGAUUACUGUUCUUCUCAAAGUCAGAGUUUUCAAACAGAGCAAAGUCAACCUCUUGUAUCCUCAGUGAGACAAAAAUUGCGCAGCUUGGAUGACCAACUCUCCUCUGAACCUCAGAGCUGCACAGAACAGCUAGAGACUGUCUCGCUGCUUUUGGAAAACAUCAAUCGCUACAUAAAAGGGAAUCUAGAAGAAAAGGAUGCAACUGAAACUGUGCUAGCUCUGCUAAAGGCCAAAGACUGGGGCUCUGUGUAUUCAAGCUCUCUGCUUAGUUGUGUAGGACGCUGGCUUGGACAGCAGUUUCAUGCAGCCAACAGCAGCAUCAGCCAGAAAGUGGAGGGCUUUAAAGUUCAGCAUAUUGAACGAAUAAGCGACUUGCCACCUGCUGAGGAACUAGCCACAGAGCUCUUCCCUGAAGCCAUGCAAACACUGCUGCUUCACUGGAUGGGCUUAAGUGAGGAGUCCUCCCUGGAAAAGAGACGCAGCGAAUACCCAAUCCUGCUCCUUAUCCUCGAGUUUGCAAACCACAACCUCAUCACUGGUGUAGCUCAUGUGCUGUACUCCAGUCUUAUAUGUAAGUAACAGAAUUUCACUACAGGUACCAACAGAAGGCCUGCAGUUUAUCUUAACUUUCAGAGUUCU